CAGGCCCGGAACGAGCCCGAUGUGUACGAGACCAGUGACCUGCCCGAGGAUGACCAGGCCGAGUUCGAGGCGUUUGCACAAGAGCUGGAGGAGCUGAGCAGCACCAGCGUGGAGCACCUGAUCAUCAACCCCAACGCUGCCUACGAGAAGUUCCGGGACAAGCGCCUGGGCACCGAGGGUGUGGAUUUCUCUGACCGCAUCGGCCGGACACGGACGACAGGUUACGAGGCUGGAGAGUAUGAGAUGCUGGGUGAGGGUGCCAAGGAGACGCCACAGCAGCGAUUCCAGCGGUUGCAGCACGAGGUGCAGGAGCUGCUCCGGGAUGUGGAGCAGAUCCAGAGCUCGGUGAAGGAGUCGGGGGCUGAGGAGGAGCUCACGCCCAUGGCCCUGGCCAGGCAGGUGGAGGUGCUGAAGCAGCAGCUGCUCAGCUCCCACCUGGAGAAGGUGCUGGGCCCUGGUGCUGCCGUUGACUUCGCUGACCCCGAGGGUGCCCUGGCCAAGCGGCUGCUGCAGCAGCUGGAGGUGGCCAAGUGCAGCAAAAGCACUCCGGGGAAGGGCCCUGCACGGGGCCCUGUCCCUGCCGGUGAUGCCGUCACCUUCGAGCUCUACUGGAGGCCGGAGCAGGACCAGUUUGCCCAGUCUGCCAAGGUGUCAGAGCUGGAGAAACGUCUGGCACAGCUGGAGGCGGCCAUGAGGUGUGAGCCCGACAGCCAGAACCCACUGCUGGUGGGGCUGAAGGGCUCCAGCCUCAUGGACACGGUGCAGGUGCUGCAGGCCAAGGUGAACGUUCUGGAUGUGGCUGUGCUGGAUCAGGUGGAGGCUCGGCUGCAGAGCGUCCUUGGGAAGGUGAAUGAGAUCGCCAAGCACAAGGCCACAGUGCAGGACGCUGACACCCAGAGCAAGAUCCACCAGCUGUACGAGACGCUGCAGAGCUGGGACGCUGUGGCCAGUGCCCUGCCCGACGUGGUGCAGCGCCUGGUGACCCUGCGGGACCUGCACGAGCAAGCCACCCAGUUCGGGCAGGUGCUGGUGCACCUGGACACGACACAGCAGGAGAUCGCAGGGGCUCUCAAGGACAACGCGGUGCUGUUGGCUGAGGUGGGUCCCCCCGGCCCCCCACUCACCCCUGGCCCCAGG